UCUGAGGCUGAGGAGGGGUCCGAACUGAGGUGUGGAGAACUAGCCUUUCCUGGGAUAGGAGUUUGGCAGCCCGGAGGCCUCACCUGCAGAAGCACCUGACCUCCAAGCUGACGUGGGCGCCGUGUGCUGGGCGAGGGUUUGGCCGCAGGCCCCAGGUGGGAGGGCAGUCUGGGGCUGGGCUCGUGACCCUUCCAGCCUGCCAUGGGAUUUGGGGCCCAAGCAUCAGGUCUGAGACUCUAAGAGCCAGGUCUGGGUUCUCCACCUUAGCACGUCCAGCUCUGGAGCCAUGGAAUCCAACCUGCAGGGGACCUUCCUGCUGAACAACACGCCACUGGCUCAGUUCUCGGAGAUGAAGGCGCCUGUAUGCCAAUACUCAGUGCAGAACUCCUUCUACAAGCUCAGCGCGCCGGGGCUGGGUCCCCAGCUGGCAGCAGGAACCCCCCACGGGAUCACGGACAUUCUGAGCAGGCCCGUGGCCACUCCGAACAGUGGCCUGCUUUCCAGCUACCCCCACGUGGCGGGCUUUGGUGGACUCGGGUCGCAAGGGGUCUACUAUGGCCCCCAGGUGGGGAAUUUCUCCAAGACCGGGAACGAGUACCCCACCCGGACCCGGAACUGCUGGGCAGACACCGGCCAGGACUGGCGAGGCGGGCGGCAGUGCAGCCACCCCCCGGAUCCUUUGAAUGACAGCAUCCACAAGAAAAAGCACACCCGACCUACCUUCACAGGCCACCAGAUCUUUGCCCUGGAGAAGACCUUUGAGCAGACCAAGUACUUGGCUGGUCCUGAACGGGCACGGCUGGCAUACUCACUGGGGAUGACCGAGUCCCAGGUCAAGGUUUGGUUCCAGAACCGAAGGACCAAGUGGCGGAAGAAAAGCGCCCUGGAGCCGUCGUCCUCCACAUCACGGGCCCUGGGUGGUGCGGGCUCGGGAGGGGAGCGGCCGGCCUCCGAGACCGAGGACGACGAGUACAACAAGCCGCUCGACCCGGACUCAGACGACGAGAAGAUCCGCCUGCUUCUCCGCAAGCACCGCGCCGCCUUCUCGGUGCUGAGCCUGGGUGCACACAGCGUGUGAG